AACGGCCACUUCCAAUUUUCCUCCCCACUCACUCUUUCACAGUUCCACCUCUCUGUCUUUUUCCUUCUCUCUAAUAAUAAAUUCCUCACAAAACAAAAGAAUCGCAAACCCCAUUCUGGAAAUUUCUUGAAUCUUGAUUUGUUGCAAUGGCUUCCGCGCAGAUUCCGCGCAGAAAGCUGAUGGUGGAGAUAUGUAAUGCGAAGAAUUUGAUGCCCAAGGACGGCCAGGGCACCGCCAGCGCCUACGUGCAGGCGGACUUCGACGGCCAGCGCCGGCGGACGGCCACCGUUCACCGGAAUCUCAACCCCCAGUGGAACGAGCGUCUCGAGUUCUUGAUCCACGAUUCCGAUUCCAUGGCCUCCCAGACGCUCGAGCUCAACCUCUACAACAAGGCCUCUGAAAAUAGAUCGGCUUUCCUAGGAAAGGUUAAGAUCGCCGGCAAUGGCUUCGCCGAGGCCGGAUCUGAGUCCCUCGUCUACUAUCCUCUCGCGAAGCGAAGCGUCUUCUCUCAGAUCAAAGGUGAAAUCGGUGUUAAAGUUUGGUAUGAAGAAGAUGAACCGGAGGUUCUGCCGCCUCCCACGGUGGAGGAGAAGGAGGAGGAGGAGACUCCACCGCAGGUUGCAGAGGGUUCGCCGGAAAAUCAAGAAACAGAGAAGAAGAAAGAAGACGGGCCGCCGGAGGAGGAGAAGCCGGAGAAUCAAGAAACAGAGAAGAAGAAAGAAGACAGGCCGCCGGAGGAUCCGAAAAAGAACGAGGAAACAGUGCCUCCACCGGCGGCCCAACCACCUGCAGUGCUGCAGAAACCCCGCAUCAACAAACCCAUGCCGGAAAAGUGCGGCGAACUGAAAGUUGUCCGGAGCAUCUCCGGCGGCGACCUGCAGAACAGAACCUUCGAUCUCGUAGAUCAGAUGCCGUUCCUAUUCGUGCGGGUCGUGAAGGUGAACCGGGUCGACCCGGAACCCGACUCCACCGCCUACGCGAAGCUAGACAUCGGAACUCACAGCAUCAGGACAAAAUCAUUCACUCCGGCCGCCGCCGCCGGGAACAGAGAGUGCGAUCAAGUAUUCGCCUUUGACAAAGGGGGGUUGAAUUCGACUUCCCUGGAAGUCUCCGUUUGGGUGGAGAAGAAGGAAGCAGAGGAUAAUUGCAUCGGAGCUGUGUGGUUUGACUUGCCGGAGGUGCCCAACAGAUUGCCGUCCGAUAGCCCACUGGCCCCUCAGUGGUACAGUUUACACGGCAGUCACAGCCUGAGCUUCCCGGAAAAUGAGGUCAUGCUGUCGGUUUGGGUUGGUACUCAGGCUGACGAGGCGUUCAAUGAUGCCUGGCAGUCCGACUCCGGCGGGCUUGUGCCGGAGACCCGAGCACAGAUUUACUUGUCUCCGAAGCUUUGGUAUCUGAGGCUAACGGUCAUCCAAACCCAGGACUUGAAAUUUGGUUCGGGAACAUCCGAAGCUAAGGUUCGGGAUCUUGUCCUGUACGUCAGAGGUCAACUCGGCGCCCAAAUUUUUAAGACCAGCCGGACCACAUUCCAAUCCUCCAGCUCAGCUUCAAAUCCGACGUGGAACGAGGACCUUAUCUUUGUGGCAGCAGAGCCGUUUGACCCGUUUCUGACCGUCACCGUGGAGGAUGCGGCCCACGGGCAACCCGUGGGCCACGCUCUGGUACACGUGGCGUCCAUCGACCGGCUCGCCGACGACAAAUCGGAGCGAAGGUCGCGGUGGUUUAAUUUGGUCACCGGUGGCGGCGAGAACAAAGAAUAUGCCGGACGUAUCCAUGUGAAACUAAGCUUGGAAGGCGGGUACCACGUGCUCGACGAGGCAGCUCAUGUGACGAGCGACGUCAGAGCCACCUCAACCCAGCUCGCAAAGCCGCCCAUUGGACGGCUUGAGCUAGGAAUCAGAGGUGCCACCAAUCUCUUACCGGUGAAAACCAACAACGGCGCGCGCGGGACCACUGACGCUUAUGUUGUGGCAAAAUACGGACCGAAAUGGGUCCGCACGCGCACGAUCGUCGACCGGUUCAAUCCACGGUGGAACGAGCAAUACAUGUGGGAGGUUUACGACCCUUGUACUGUGCUAACAAUCGGCGUGUUCGACAACGGAAGGUACAACAGUCAGAAGCAACAAGAUAACACUAAGAAGGAUCUCCGUCUUGGGAAGCUACGCGUACGUCUUUCGACACUCGACACAAAUAAGGUGUAUGUGGGCACAUAUUCACUCGUCGUGUUGCUCCCGAGCGGAGCCAAGAGAAUGGGCGAGAUUGAGAUCGCGCUGCGGUUCACGUGUUCGUCGUGGUUGAGUUUGAUUCAGGCGUACGGUAGCCCCGUGUUGCCACGGAUGCAUUAUGUGCGGCCACUCGGGCUCGGCCAACAAGAUAUACUAAAGCACACGGCUAUGAGACUUGUGGCGACAAGGCUGGCCAGGUCCGAACCCGCUUUAGGUCCGGAAGUGGUUCAGUUCAUGUUGGAUUCGGACACCCACAUUUGGAGCGUGAGGAGGGGGAAGGCUAACUGGUUCCGAGUCGUCGGGUGCUUGUCCAAAGUGGCCGCGUUGGCCCGUCGGAUCGACGAGAUCCAGAAAUGGGCCAACCCGGCCACCACGGUUCUCGUCCACGUCCUCCUCGUGGCCGGCGUGCUGUGCCCGCACCUCAUCUUGCCGGCAAUUUGCAUGUACGUGUUCCUCGUCGCGUCGGCGGGGUCCCGGUCCCGCCGGAACGUCGCGGUCGCGAUGGACCCGCGGAUGUCGUAUCUCGACGCGGUGGGUCCCGACGAGCUGGACGAGGAGUUCGACGGGUUCCCGACGACGCGAGCGCCCGACCAGAUCCGGAUCCGGUACGACCGGCUGAGGGCGCUGGCGGGGCGAGCCCAGAUGCUGCUCGGCGACGUGGCGGCGCAGGGAGAGAGGGUGGAGGCACUGUUCAAGUGGAGGGAUGCGAGGGCGAGUGGGAUAUUUGCGGUGGUUUGGUUCUUGGCUUCUCUCGUCUUCUACUUGGUCCCUUUUAAGGUGUUUGCUUUGGUCGCCGGAUUUUACUACCUCCGCCACCCGAGGUUCAGAGGGGACAUGCCGUCCGUCCCCGUCAACUUUUUCCGGCGACUUCCGUCACUUUCCGAUCAAAUUCUUUGAGUGUGAUCUGGAGCUACCUUUUGGAAUUUGUGUCAAUGAUAUAUAUGUUGUGUAAAAGUGCUUAAUUCAAUUGGUGUACUAAUAAUAAUAAUUGGUGGUAUUA